AUGAAACCUACAUUUUCUCCUGCCUAUGUUAAUGUUUUAAUUCUACCUCACUUUUCACAGUCCGCAAACUGUCAGAUCCAGAGGAAGUUGUCAAAUCUGCCAGCAGGUGCGGUUGACCUUUCCGUUUCGCCCUGCCAGAGUGUGCCGUCUUUCGGCCAGCUGGCACCUAGCAAUCCCCAUCGGUCUCAUAGCUCUGUUAACCUGGAGCAUAGCAGUUCCAGCAGCCGAUCUACAAAGGGGCCUAGCAGUUCCGGUAUGCCGCUACCUACGGAGUUUACACUCCCUCAUCUACGAGAUGGUCCACUUCCUGACCAACGGGACUAUCAACAUCUCCAGCCUCUGCCGGGUAGCCUUGCUUACAUGAAUCGGAAACACAGUCAAAAGCAACCGUCCAUACCGCGUUUCGGCAAUGUCCUCAAGCUAGAGAACAACGUUACCGGCAACGGGUCUAAUGCUCAUGUACGGAUCGCCUUCCAUAUUGUCCGCGAUAAAUACGCCUCGAGCUUCAGCAUGAACAGUUCGAAAUCGCGUCUGCCAUGGUUCAACAGCAGCCGUCUGCCCCGGCCCCGGGCUACACGACCAUCAGGUCGAACCGAG